AUGGAUUCUGUACCAAGACUGACCAGCGUUUUGACUUUGGUGCUCUCUGGCUUCUGGCAUUUAGGAUUAACAGCAACAAAUUACAACUGUGACGACCCAUUGGCCUCCUUCCUCUCACCAAUGGCUUUCUCCAGCUCCUCAGAUCUCACUGGAAGUUCUAGCCAGGCUCAAUUGAACUGGAGAAUGGGAACUGGUGGUUGGUCCCCAGCAGACUCCAGUGCCCAACAGUGGCUCCAGAUGGACCUGGGCAGCAGAGUGGAGAUUAUGGCAGUGGCCACGCAGGGAAGAUACGGGAGCUCUGACUGGGUGACAAGCUAUCGCCUGAUGUUCAGCGACACAGGCCACAACUGGCAGCAGUACAAGCAAGAAGACAGCAUCUGGACAUUUGCAGGAAACAUGAAUGCUGACAGUGUGGUGCACCACAAGCUGCUCCACUCCGUAAGAACCCGCUUUGUUCGCUUUGUGCCAUUGGAGUGGAAUCCGAGUGGGAAGAUUGGCAUGAGAGUGGAGGUCUAUGGAUGCUCCUACAAAUCAGAUGUUGCUGACUUUGACGGCAGGAGCUCGCUUUUGUACAGGUUCAAUCAGAAGAUGAUGAGCACCCUCAAAGACGUGAUUUCCCUGAAGUUCAAGAGCAUGCAAGGAGAUGGGGUUCUGUUCCAUGGAGAAGGACAACGUGGAGACCAUAUUACCCUGGAGCUCCAGAAGGGCAGGCUAGCCCUGUACCUGAACCUGGAUGACAGCAAAGCCCGACUCAGCAGCGUCGCGCCCUCUGCCGUGCUGGGUAGCCUGCUGGAUGACCAGCACUGGCAUUCGGUUCUCCUGGAGCGCGUGGGCAAGCAGGCGAACUUCACUGUGGACACGAACACGCAACACUUCCGGACCAAGGGUGAGACCGAUGUCUUGGAUAUCGACUAUGAGCUCAGUUUUGGAGGAAUUCCAGUGCCAAGCAAACCUGGGACCUUUUUAAAGAAAAACUUCCAUGGCUGUAUUGAAAACCUCUACUACAAUGGAGUGAACAUCAUCGACUUGGCCAAAAGACGCAAACACCAAAUCUACUCUGUGGGCAAUGUCACUUUUUCCUGCUCAGAACCACAAAUAGUCCCCAUCACAUUUGUCAACUCCAGAAGCAGUUAUUUGCUGCUGCCCGGCACCCCCCAGAUUGAUGGACUGUCAGUGAGUUUCCAGUUUCGAACAUGGAACAGGGAUGGUCUGCUUCUGUCCACAGAGCUCUCUGAAGGCUCAGGGACCCUGAUGCUCAUGCUGGAGGGUGGGACUCUGAAGCUCCUGAUUAAGAAAGAGACAGGACAUGGAACUGAAAUCCUUACAGGCAGUGACUUGAAUGACGGCCUGUGGCACUCGGUCAGCAUCAAUGCCAGGAGAAACCGUGUCACCCUCACACUGGAUAAUGAUGCUGCUUCCCCGGCUGCAGACACCUCCCAGCUGCAAAUUUACUCUGGAAAUAGUUACUACUUUGGAGGGUGCCCAGACAAUCUCACCGAUUCCCAAUGCUUAAAUCCCAUUAAGGCUUUCCAAGGCUGCAUGAGGCUCAUCUUUAUUGAUAACCAGCCCAAGGACCUCAUUUCAGUUCAGCAAGGUUCCCUGGGGAAUUUUAGUGAUUUACACAUUGAUCUGUGUAGCAUCAAAGACAGGUGUUUGCCAAACUACUGUGAACAUGGAGGACACUGCGCCCAAUCCUGGACUACCUUCGACUGCAACUGUAGUGAAACUGGUUACACAGGCGCCACCUGCCAUGACUCCAUCUAUGAGCAAUCCUGUGAGGUGUACAGGCACCGAGGGAAUAAAGCUGGCUUCUUCUAUGUUGAUUCUGAUGGCAGCGGGCCGCUGGGACCUCUCCAGGUGUACUGCAAUAUCACUGAGGACAAGAUCUGGAUGAUGGUUCAGCACAACAACACAGAGCUGACUCGGGUACAGGGUUCCAACCCUGAGAAGCCUUAUACCAUGACCUUGAACUAUGGGGGCAGUAUGGAGCAGCUGGAGGCUCUGAUUGAUGGCUCAGAGCACUGUGAACAGGAGGUGGCAUAUCACUGCAGGAGAUCUAGGCUGCUUAACACACCAGAUGGAGCCCCAUUCACCUGGUGGAUUGGGAGAUCCAAUGAAAGGCACCCUUACUGGGGAGGUUCUGUUCCUGGAAUCCAGCAGUGUGGGUGUGGCCUAGAGGAGAGCUGCCUGGACGUUCGCCACUUUUGCAAUUGUGAUGCAGACACAGAUGAAUGGACAAAGGAUACUGGUUUUCUUUCCUUCAAAGAUCACUUGCCUGUAACUCAGAUAAUUAUCACUGAUACCAACAGAUCAAACUCAGAAGCCGCUUGGAGAAUUGGCCCUUUACGUUGCUAUGGUGACCGACACUACUGGAAUGCCGUUGCCUUUUCUACUGAAGCUUCUUACCUCCACUUUCCUACCUUCCAUGCGGAAUUCAGCGCUGACAUUUCCUUCUUUUUUAAAACCACCGCUUUAUCUGGAGUUUUCCUAGAGAACCUUGGCAUGAAAGAUUUCAUCCGACUUGAAAUGAGCUCUGCUUCUGAGGUCACAUUCGCCAUUGAUGUUGGGAACGGCCCUGUUGAACUCCUUGUCCAGUCUCCUUCUCCUCUGAAUGACAACCAAUGGCAUUUUAUCCGGGCUGAGAGGAACCUCAAGGAGACCUCCCUGCAGGUGGAUAACCUUCUACGGAGUACAAGGGAGACCUCAGAGGAAGGCCAUUUCCGACUUCAGCUGAAUAGUCAGUUGUUUGUAGGAGGGACAUCGUCAAGACAGAAAGGGUUUCUUGGAUGUAUCCGCUCUUUACACUUGAAUGGGCAGAAAGUGGACCUGGAAGAGAGGGCAAAGGUCACGUCUGGAGUCAGACCUGGCUGCCCAGGUCACUGCAGCAGCUAUGGAAGCAACUGCCACAAUGGGGGCAAGUGUGUGGAAAAGCACAGUGGCUACUCCUGUGACUGCACCAACUCACCAUAUGAAGGGCCUUUCUGCCAGAAAGAGAUUUCAGCUCUUUUUGAUUCUGGCAGCUCAGUUACAUACAUGUUUCAAGAACCAUACCCGGUAACCAAGAACACAAGCUUCUCGUCUUCAGCUAUCUACACAGAUACAGCUCCAUCCAAGGAAACCAUCACACUGAGCUUUGUGACAGCACUGGCCCCCAGCCUCUUGCUCUUCCUCAAUUCCUCUUCUCAGGAUUUUCUGGCUAUCCUGCUUGGCAAGAACGGAAGUUUACAAGUUCGCUAUCGGCUAAACAAGGAAGAAAGUCAUGUGUUCACCAUCAGCACAGAGAACUUGGCCAACAGAAGGGUGCAUCAGGUGAAGAUUAGCCGAGAGGGGCCAGAGCUUUCCAUUCAGGUGGACCAACAACUCUUCAGCUAUAACUUCUCCCCGGAAGCUGAGUUCAGGACAGCAAGGUCACUUAUUCUAGGCAAAGUCACAGAGACUCUUGGGUUGGAUCCAGAAGUUGCUAAAGCAAAUACCUUGGGUUUUGUUGGAUGCCUUUCUUCAGUCCAAUACAACCACAUAGCCCCAUUGAAGGCAGCCCUCCGCCAUGCUAGCAUUGCACCUGUGAUUGUCCAAGGGACCUUGACAGAAUCCAACUGUGGCUCCAUGGUGGACUCUGAUAUGAAUGCAGUGACCACUGUGCAUUCUUCUUCAGAUCCCUUUGGAAAAACAGACGAGCGUGAACCACUCACAAAUGCAGUCCGGAGUGACUCUGCAGUCAUUGGAGGUGUCAUAGCAGUGGUGACGUUUAUCACCUUUUGUAUCAUCGGCAUCAUGACGCGCUUCCUCUAUCAGCAUAAGCAGUCACACCGUACCAAUCAGAUGAAGGAGAAGGAAUACCCAGAGAACUUGGACAGUUCCUUUAGAAAUGACAUUGACUUGCAAAACACAACCAGCGAGUGCAAACGGGAAUACUUCAUCUGAGAUGCCACAGGGUCACCUGGUCCUCUUUUUUUUGUGGGUUCCCCCCCCAUUUUCUCUUCUCUUUCCUGUCUUUUAAUUUAGGUAUUCUCUUUCUCUCUUUCGCCAUUAAUUUUCUGGAACACACCUGCAUCCACCGAGAGCAUUGAUCUCCUUCACCCAGCUCAGGAGAUCAGGUAGCUGUAGCUACUGUAGUCCACUGAUACAUGCAUCAUAGUGAAAGUGAGCACUGGAGACACAGAUUUCACUGUUGUCAACAAGGAAGAGCAUGUGUGUACACGUGCAUAUUCGACGUUUGUGGUUGAGUUCUUAAACUUCACUCUGCAGUUUCUCAGGCACUUUGUCUUGCCAGCUCCCUUUAGACUGGAGCUCUGCAGCAUUGCCUUUAACAAUUGUCUCCAACAUGCUGCCCCAUACCAUACUGGUAGGUCCUAUGGCCUGAGAGGAGAAAAGUGGUAGGUGUGUGUGUGUGACAGAGACAGAGUCAGAUUAGCCUUUAAGCAAAGAGUCUGUUAGGGAGCCCAAUAGAGCAGGAGGGAAUGAAGUAAAUCCACCCAGAGAAAGCAAUGUUUGUUCUUUUUAGGUCCCUUGUGAUAGAGUAGGGAGGUUGGGAGAC